UUUUCCCCAUUAGAAGGAAUGUAAAUUAGCGGUUUGGACUUUUUGCACAGCCAAAGCCGCCGAACCCAGCUCGCCGGUUUGGUUGUGGCCAUUCGUAGCCCUAUCCACGCUGUACUAGUUCAACCACAACAAAGACACCACUCUCCAACUCAACCAAAAAUGGCGUCGUCUCUAUCUUCUCUAUCGACUAUAUUGAGCCAGCCUCACUGCGCUAUACGCAUCAAAUUCCCCAAACAGUACACUUCCUUCCACGUCAGAUUCCUCUCCUCUAAGCUUCACCAACAUCAAUCCUCCUCCUGCCGCCGCACGUCAGCCGCUCUUCGAAGGAGCUCGACAUUCUCUCUCAAGAUUUCCAGAAACUUCUCCAACUGUCAAUCUCGCUCUUCCUUACCCAGCAAGGACCAAAUUCCAAGCCUCCACCACUUCAUUCCCAAAGCUACUGCUCCCACUGUUUCUGCUUCCGAUGUUCAAUCCGAGCCUGUGAUGAUAUCUGAUGCUAUGCCAAGAGGUCGCAUCUAUCAUGAAACUUAUGGAUGCCAAAUGAAUGUCAAUGAUAUGGAGAUUGUUUUAUCUAUCAUGAAAAAUGCUGGAUACACUGAAAGCGUGGAAGUCCCAGAGAAUGCUGAGAUAAUAUUUAUAAAUACUUGUGCUAUAAGGGACAAUGCAGAACAUAAGGUCUGGCAGAGGCUCAAUUAUUUUUGGUUUCUUAAGAGACAAUGGAAGAGCAAUGUUGCGAUUGGAAGGUCACAGUCCACCCAUCCUCCCAAAGUAGUUGUGCUGGGGUGUAUGGCCGAGAGGUUGAAGGACAAAAUAUUGGAUUCAGAUAAGAUGGUUGACGUGGUUUGUGGACCUGAUGCUUAUCGAGACUUGCCACGCCUGUUGGAAGAGGUGGACUAUGGUCAAAAAGGUAUCAAUACUCUACUUUCUCUUGAAGAAACUUAUGCGGAUAUUAAUCCAGUUCGCAUCUCCAAAAAUUCUAUAUCUGCAUUUGUAUCUGUGAUGAGGGGUUGCAAUAAUAUGUGCUCAUUCUGCAUUGUUCCCUUCACUAGAGGGAGAGAACGGUCUCGCCCAGUGGAAUCAAUUGUGAAAGAGGUCGCUGAACUUUGGAAAGAGGGAGUCAAAGAGGUUACACUUCUUGGCCAGAAUGUAAAUAGCUAUAAUGAUACAUCUGGAGUUGAAAAUCCGGCUGAACCAGCAGUCAGUUGGGAACUUAGUGAUGGAUUCUCUAGCAUGUGCAAAGUAAAACAUGUGGGUCUACGGUUUGCUGAUCUCCUAGAUAGACUUGCGACAGAAUUUCCUGAAAUGCGGUUCAGAUAUACUUCCCCACAUCCUAAAGAUUUUCCAGAUGAUUUGCUGUACGUAAUGCGCGACAGGUACAAUAUCUGCAAAAGCAUUCAUCUGCCAGCACAGUCAGGCAGCAGUGCCGUGCUUGAAAGGAUGCGUCGUGGAUAUACUCGAGAAGCAUACUUAGAUCUUGUGAAGAAGAUAAGAGAUAUAAUACCUGACAUGGGCAUAAGCAGUGACUUCAUAUGUGGUUUCUGUGGAGAAACGGAAGAGGAUCACGAAGACACACUAAGCCUCGUAAAGGCUGUUUGUUAUGAUAUGGCAUACAUGUUUGCUUACAGCAUGAGAGAGAAAACACAUGCCCACCGAAAAUAUGUUGAUGAUGUUCCUGAUGAUGUCAAGCAAAGGAGGCUCACAGAAUUAAUUGAGGCUUUUCGUGGGAGUACAGGUCAGAACUAUGACUCUAAAAUUGGCACUCUCCAACUUGUGUUAGUUGAAGGGCCCAAUAAGAGAGCCCCAGACACAGAGUUAAUUGGCAAGAGCGACAGAGGCCAUAGGGUAUCAUUUACUAACCUGCCUAUCCCAGAUAAGGUUGAUAAUAAUGGGAAGCGAAACCCAAAGAUUGGUGAUUAUGUUGAAGUGCACAUAACAAAAUCUACAAGGGCAUCACUGUUUGGAGAAGCACUUGCUAUAACUAAAUUGAGCUCAUUCUACAGCUCUUCACAUGAAGAAGCUGUUGCGUUUGCCAGCAGAACUUAAGCUAUUAUUAAAGCUUUUGUACUACAGUUUGCUCUUCCAUCUUGCCUUUCUUUUGAAAUCACAGAGUUGCUACGUAUUGUCAAUAGAGUAGCAUUCAUACUGGUAGCUUAAAGAUUUUUUGCUUUCAUACUGGAGUUUAUUCUGGCUGUUUAGCUCCGGCCACAUAGAUCAGUCAUCUUUGAGCUGGUUAAUUUUCAGGAUCCGACGUACUUGCUCAACUGUUACAGUGAGGAGAAUCUGGCUUAUUAAGAUAAAAUAUAUUUUCAGUCAUGAA